AUGACAGCACCCCGUACGGAGUACUCGCUGCAUCCAGUAUCCAGUCCGGCCUUCGUCCUCAAAAGCCAUUGCGCGUCUGCAAAAGUCGCCAAUCUGGACUUUGAGGCCCGCGUUCCCGUCCCCUUCAGCAUCUUUCCCUCGACCUACCGGGAGAGCGAAUCGCAAACCACUCAAUCUCAAACCCACGAAGAGGUUGAUAUCAAGCUCUCCAGCAACCAGGAGCCAGCCGGACGGCAAGAUCAAUACUCUUCAAACUCUGCCCACGUCCAUCUCCCCCCGCGUGGAGAGCACAGCUACAGCCAAGAAGAGGUCCGUAUCACUGAAGAGCGUCAUCGCCGUCCCGGAUUCCAGCAGGAGCAGUUUGUCAAAGAAGACUUUCGACCAGCCCCCUCCGAGUAUACCGAAACACGUGUUGAGGUUGACACUCACGUCCGACCCUACACCUCCCCCGUUGAUAUUGCUGAGCGUGAAUACCGUGAACGGUAUCGCCCUGCCUAUCACACCACUGUAGACACCCCUGCCCGUCCUCAGUACCAGACCGAGGACUUCCGUGCCAGCCAAUACACAGUUCAGGGCCGACCCAAUCUCCAGUCUACUUUCAAGGAAGAGGUCAAGUUUAGCGAACAAACCGUCGAACCUUCUCGCUUCACCCCCGCCGAACAAAAGUCCAACAUGGGUUACUACGACGAAGACGGUCACUACCACUCUAUCCGCCAGGGCAUCCACAAGCUUGCCGACAAGGUUGUGCACCCUCACCACCACCAUGACCAGGUCGACGUGGACAUCAAGGAGGAUAUCCGCAUCACCGAGACCCGCCCUCGCCACGGCGGCGGCGGCGGCUCAUACGUCCCCAAUACUGUCACCAUUCCGUGCCACCACAUUCGUCACGGCGACUUCUUGAUGCUGCAGGGCCGACCUUGCCAGGUCAUUCGCAUCUCGACCUCUGCUGCCACUGGCCAGUAUCGUUAUCUCGGUGUGGACCUGUUCACCAAGCAGCUGCACGAGGAGUCUUCCUUUGUCUCCAACCCUGCCCCCAGUGUUGUCGUCCAGACCAUGCUUGGCCCUGUCUUCAAGCAGUACCGCGUCCUGGACAUGCAGGGUGGCAGUAUCGUGGCCAUGACCGAGACUGGCGAUGUGAAGCAAAGCCUGCCCGUUAUUGACCAAUCAAACCUUUGGGCUCGACUGUCCAAUGCCUUCGAGUCUGGACGUGGCAGUGUCCGCGCUCUCGUCCUCAGCGACAAUGGCCGUGAGCUCGCCGUCGACAUGAAGGUCAUUCACGGCUCUCGUCUGUAA